AUGUUUGGGUGCGAUCUAAUGGCAAUCUUCAAGAACUAUGCAGCUGUCUCCACAUUAACCGGAGUUGCACGAAGAUCCAUCGAACUCUCAUGUUUCAAUUGUUAUGGAGAACUUGUGUCUGAGCUUGACAAGAUAUUCGAAUUUAAUGAUGCCCUCAUUGAUGGGAGCUCUAGCUGGCGCCCAAGCUACACUGAUGGUGGAAGAGACAAAAUGUUUGGAGACUGUUCCUGGAAGGAAUUCCGGGCCAUAGUCAAGAAGAUGUUUAUCUGUCCUAAAGAUGUUGCUCAUUCUGCACAUUCAAUGGCACCGGUUUGA